CACUCUCUUGUCCUGUCAACGAAGGACAUGCCGCCUUCAGGCUUCAACGUGAUCACAUCAACUGGGCUCUAAUGGCUAUGAGAGUUUGAGAUAUGGCAGAUGAUAAUGCUAAUUCCUUACAUGCAAAGAGCUUCAAAACUCUUGAUUCUACACAAAUUUAUAAGCUCAAUAAGGCUUUACAAUUCUUUUGCUUCACAAUUGUCUCCCACGUUUCACGCCUUUUCAAAUGUAGACUCCCUUGUUUCAGCUCUAAUCACUGCUAUAAGCACUUGCAGUUCCAUCUCUUAUUGCAGGGCACUUCACUGUCGAGUAAUCAAGUCUGUGAAUUAUAAUCAUGGGUUCAUUGGCGAUCAACUGGUGUCUAGUUAUGUUGAAUUGGGAUGUACAAAAGAUGCACUUGAGUUGUUCGAUGAAUUGCCUGACAAGGACUUGGUCUCCUGGAAUUCUUUGAUUUCUGGGUUUUCUCGACGGGCGGAUUUGGGAAUUUGCUUGGGUUUGCUUUUCAGGAUGAGAUUUGAAAUGGGUUUGAAACCUAAUGAAGUUACGGUUAUACCUGUAGUUUCAGCUUGUGCUGGUGUUGGAGAACUUGAUGUGGGCAAGUGCAUUCACGGGAUUGCAGUGAAAUCGGGCAUGCUUUUGGAGGUUAAAGUUGUUAAUUCUCUUAUUAACUUGUAUGGAAAGUGUGGAUGUUUGGAGGCGGCUUGUUGCUUGUUCGAAGGAAUGUCAGUGCAAAGUUUAGUGUCAUGGAAUUCAAUGGUUGCAGUUCAUGUUCACAUGGGAUUGGCUGAGAAAGGGAUUGGUUAUUUUAUUAUGAUGAGGAGAGCUGGAAUUAACUCUGAUCAAGCCACUGUAGUGAGCUUGCUUCUAGCGUGUGAAAAUUUAGGUGUGAGGAAACUGGCAGAGGCUGUUCAUGGUUAUAUCUUGAACGGUGGUCUUGAUGGGAAUUUAGCAAUUGCAACUGCAUUGUUGGAUUUGUAUGCUAAAUUAGGUACUUUGAGUGAUUCAUGCAAGGUCUUCGGAGGGAUGAUUAAUCCGGAUGCAGUGGCUUGGACUGCCAUGCUAUCGAGUUAUGCUAUGCAUGGGCGUGGGCGAGAAGCCAUAGAACAUUUUGAGCUAAUGGUUAGAGAAGGUGUGGUGCCUGAUCAUGUUACGUUCACUCACUUGCUGAGUGCUUGUAGCCAUUCAGGACUAGUGGAGGAGGGUAAAAAUUACUUUAAGAUUAUGUAUGAAGUUUAUGGAGUUGAGCUAAGAGUGGAACAUUAUUCAUGCAUGGUUGAUCUUUUAGGUCGCUCUGGACAUCUGAAUGAUGCUUAUAAGCUAAUCAAAAGCAUGCCAAUGGAGCCAAAUUCUGGUGUGUGGGGAGCUCUUAUUGGUGCAUGCAGGGUUCGUGGUAAUAUUGAACUUGGGAAGGAAGUUGCCGAGCGAUUGUUUUCUUUAGACCCAUCAGACUCUAGAAAUUAUAUCACGUUGUCAAAUAUGUAUUCUGCAGCUGGUCAAUGGAGGGAUGCUUCAAAGGUGAGGGCUUUGAUGAAGGAAAGGGUCCUGAUCAGGAAUCCUGGAUGCAGUUAUAUUGAGCACGGGAACAAAAUACACUGCUUUGUAAUGGGUGAUCAAUCUCACCCUGACACAGAACAAAUAUAUAACAAGUUGGAAGAACUCGUUAGAAAGAAUCGGGAAGUUGGAUUUGCGUCAAAAACAGAAUAUGUUCUACAUGAUGUGGAUGAGGAAGUGAAAGAAGAUUUGAUCAAUAAGCACAGUGAGAAGUUAGCCAUUGCCUUUGGACUUUUGGUGACUAAUGCUGGUAUGCCAUUAAUUAUUACAAAGAACAUUAGGAUAUGUGGUGAUUGCCAUGGCUUUGCAAAGCUCAUAUCAUUGAUUGAGAAGCGUACAAUCAUUAUUAGAGAUACAAAGCGAUUUCACCAUUUCACAAAUGGAUUAUGCUCUUGUGGAGAUUACUGGUAAGCAAAUCCUCAACCCGUGAUAUCGUGGUGCAAACUUCACUGUUUCACAAUUGGUAUUUAUGGCUUGAUAAGAGCAAUCUGAUUUCAUUGA